GAGUGACAUAAAGUUAGACAUAUAUAUUUGAAACCACCACUAUAUUCCAUAUAUACAUGAAACUUAGCCCUACAUUAAAUAUACAUAUAAAAUUAGCUCUAUGGAGCUAAAAUCAUCCGUGAAUGAGACAUGGAAACUCUUCGCCUUAGGAACUUUAAUCGGUUGGCUUUUUGUGCUUCACUUUUUAGGAAACACUAACCACAAUGUAAGUCUUUUUACUGCUACUAAAUCUUUUUUUGCAGUUAUGGAUCCUUCUAAUUUUAGUUUUAGUGAUGGAAAUAAAUACCCAAACAAAAACAAAAAUAAAAAAUGUAAUAUGUUUGAUGGAAAAUGGGUUUAUAAACCUGAACAAUUUCCGAGUUAUGAUCCACUCAAAUGUCCUUUUUUGGAAGAGAAAAUGAGUUGCCAAAAAAAUGGAAGGCCGAAUCUUGCUUAUGAAAGAUGGUUUUGGGAGGCUACAGAUUGUGAGAUACCGUUGCUAAAUGGAACAGAUAUGAUAGAAAGACUGAGAAAUAAGAGGGUGAUCUUAGUAGGAGAUUCAUUAAACAGAAAUAUGUGGGAAUCUCUUGCUUGCAUUCUAUACACUUCCAUUCCUGCAUCUGGUGCUGUUGUUCGUGACAAUAGUUCAGUCCCUGUCAUCACCUUUACAGCUAAGGACUAUAACAUGACUGUUGAAUUUUAUUGGAGUCCAUUUCUAACUGAAUUCGAUCUAAACUACAAGGAGAGUGGUAAAAAGGUUCUUGUGCUGGAUCGACUUUCACCUAAUUCAGUGCUAUGGUCAGACGCUGAUAUCAUGGUAUUCAACUCCGGCCAUUGGUGGGCUCAAACUGGAAAAUAUAAAAGAUGGGAUUACCUUGAAUAUGAAGGGAAGUUAAUAGAUGACAUGGCAUUAGAGAAAGCAUAUGAACUUGGCAUGAGAACAUGGCAGACAUGGAUUGAGCAAAAUGUGGAUCCAAUUAAAACAACUGUAUUUUUCAGGAGCAUUUCUAUGGAACACAAAACUCAUUUACAUGAUCAAUGGUGCUACAACAAAACACAGCCUAUUAUGGACGAAUCCUAUAAGUCUUCCUAUCCUAAGCCAUUGGUUAAUGUUAUAGAAAAUAUCAUUAAAGGGAUCAGAAAACCCAAAGUUAAAUACUUGAACAUCACAAAAUUGUCACAAUAUAGAAUAGAUGCACAUCCAUCAAUUUACAGAUUUAAGGAUUGGAGGAAUCUUACAAGGGUUUAUCAAGAUACUUUGUCUACUCGUGCUGAUUGUAGUCAUUGGUGUCUUCCUGGUGUUCCUGAUACUUGGAAUAGAUUAUUAUAUAUUUCUCUCUUUUUCAAUAGUAGUGUCGUUGGUGAUUUAACAAUUCUAUAAUUUUGUCUCUAUUUU